ACUACCAUCUUAUCCUAUUGAGAGCAUCUCAGAUCCUUGUUUGUGCUCAAUAUUCCAUCUCAAAUUGGGUUACAGAAAGCCAUGGCAGAGCUAGUCGCUGGGGCAUUUCUUUCGUCUCUCUUUCAAGUGACUUUGGAGAGCUUGGCUUGCCGUGAUUUCUACCGUAGAAGCAAACGUAAGGCUGUGCUGAUGGAAAAACUUGAGUUUACACUUAACUCUAUCAACCAUGUGCUGGAUGAUGCAGAGAAAAAGCAGUACCAAAGCGAUUCCGUGAAAAAGUGGCUUGAUAAACUUAAACAUGUUGCUUAUGAGACAGACCAACUGUUAGAUGAGAUUGCUACUGAUGCUGCACUCAAGAAGCUCAAGGCUACAUCUCAUCCAGCUACAUGCAAGGUACGAGGCUUCUUUUCAGCCUUUACUAGUAAUCCAUUUGAAUCCAGGAUCAGAGAGUUGCUAGAGAACUUAGAAUUUCUUGCAAAGCAAAAGGAAACGCUAGGAUUGAGAGAAGUCACUCUUGCUAGCAAUGAAGGUGACUUUCGUGGGAAUCUCUCAAAAAGAAUGCCCACCACAUCUUUGUUGGAUCUAUCAAGCAUCAUAUAUGGUAGAGACGGGGAUAAAGAGCAAAUAAUCAAAUUUUUACUUUCAGACAAUGUAAGUGGCAAUCAGAUUCCCAUGAUUAGUAUAGUGGGCAUCGGUGGAAUGGGUAAGACCACCCUUGCUCAGCUUGUGUACAAUGACCAAAGGUUGCAGGAGCAGUUUGAACUUAAAGCUUGGGUCUAUGUUUCAGAACAUUUUGAUGUUGUUGGAGUCACAAAGGCAAUUCUCAAAUCAUUUCAUUGUUCAGCAGAUGUUGAAGACUUGAAUAGACUCCAACUCGAAUUGCAAAAGAAAUUAAUCGGCAAGAAGUAUUUGAUUGUUCUUGACGAUCUUUGGAAUGAGGAUUGGGCAAGUUGGGAGGUCUUAAAAGUUCCCCUUAACUAUGGAUCUUUCGGAAGUCGGAUCAUUGUCACAACACGUAAUAAGAAGGUAGCAACAGUCAUGAAAUCCACCCAACUGCUUCCUUUGAAGGAAUUGGAGGAAAAUGAUUGUUGAAGUUUAUUUGUGAGACAUGCUUUUCAGGACAAGGAUGUAAGUGAAUAUCCAAAUCUUGAAUCAAUUGGCAUAAAAGUUGUAGAGAAGUGUGGAGGGUUGCCUUUAGCUAUAAAAGUAUUGGGAAAUCUCUUGCACAUAAAAUUCUCUGAACGUGAAUGGGUUAAGAUAUUGGAGACUGAUAUGUGGCGUUUAUCAAUUGACAGUAACAUCAACCUAACACUGAGAUUGAGUUAUCAUAUUCUUCCUUCCAAUUUGAAGCGUUGUUUUGCUUAUUGUUCCAUGUUUCCCAAAGGUUAUUGGUUUAAAAAGGAUGAAAUAAUAGAGGUUUGGAUGGCAGAAGGAUUGUUGAAAUGUUGCAGAAUAGAUAAAAGUGAAGAAGAGUUAGGUGAUGAAUUCUUCAAUCAUCUUGAGUAUAUUUCAUUUUUCCAACACUCAGGCAAUAUCUUCGUCAUGCAUGAUCUUGUCAAUGACUUAGCAAAAUCUGUGUCAAAAGAAUUUUGUUGGCGAAUAGAGGGUGAUAAAGUGCAAGAUAUCCCGGAUAAGACACGUCACAUUUGGUGCUCUAAUGAUGAUAAAAUAUUAGAGCAGAUUUACAAGUGUAAUGGAUUGCGCAGUUUGAUAUGGAAACAAGGUUAUCGAGGCUUCAAUAUAUGCAACAAUGUACAACUUGCUCUGUUUUCAAGAAUAAAAUAUUUGCGGGUGUUAUCAUGCACAUAUCAAAAUCUCUCAGAGCUAGAUGAUAAGAUAAGCAAUUUAAAGGUUUUGCGCUAUCUAGACCUUUCUGGCACUCAGAUUAAAAAGAUACCUGAUUCCAUUUGUAUGCUGCAUAAUUUGCAAACACUGAAAUUAGAAGAUUGUUCGAAUUAGAGAGAGCUCCCUUCAAAUUUUUACAAACUCGUCAAUUUAUGUCAUCUUCACCUCAUUGGAACUCCAAUAAAGAAGAUGCCAAAGUAUAUAGGGAUGCUAAUCCAUCUACAUACGUUUACAGAUUUUAUUGUGGGAGAGCUCAAUGGAUCUGAUAUUAAGGAGUUGGCCAAACUCAACCAUCUUCAAGGAAGACUCAAGAUUUCAGGGUUGGGAAAUAUCACUGAUCCUGCAUAUGUUGCAGAAGCUAAUUUGAAAGAUAAGAAACAUUUAGAACAAUUAUUGUUGAUUUUUGAUGGUAGUAGAGAAAGACCAUCAAUGAGUGGAAGAGACUAUGACUCAAUAAUUGAAAGGCGUGUCUUAGAGGCACUUCAACCCGAUUGCAACCUAAAUAGGCUCACUAUUAGCAAUUAUCGUGGCAAUAGCUUUCCAGAUUGGCUUA